AUGUUAUUUUGUUGUCGAUCGUAUCGUCGUCAUUCAAGACUUUUUGGUCGAUGUUAUUAUAUAGUUAUUUUUUCAUGUUUGAUUGGACUUAGUUGGUCUAUCUUUAGCAAUUUUUAUUUUAAUCGAAAUGAUAACAAUCUUAAUGAACAGAAAUCACCAUUGAUUUUCUGUUUUGUACUUAGUGAAAAUAAUCGUCAUUUAACAUCAUCACGAGCUAUUGUAUAUAGUUGGGGUAAACGAUGUGAUAGAUUUUAUUUUAUUACACGUCUUCAAAAUACUAGUAUUGAAUUAAUGAUGUUAGAAAAUUUUCAAGUUACAUCUGAUAUAAUAUCAAAUACAAUAAAUAAAAAUACAUUCGAUGUUCUCUCAUAUCUUCAAGAUGCAGAAUUAUUUUCAUCAUAUCAUUGGUUUUUACGUGCAAGUGAUGAUUCAUUUGUUAUUAUACCAAAUCUUCGACGACUCAUUAUUCAAUUAGAUAAUAAACAAGAAGAAUAUCGUCCAUUAGCUUAUGUUGGUGAUGUUGAACAAAUGUAUGAAAAAUAUCAUAUAGCAACAACUGGAUCAGUUAUGUUAUUUAAUCGAUUAGCAAUAAAUCGUUUAACUUUAAUAGAUGAUGUCGAAGAUAAUAAAUAUGAAUCAGACAGACAACGAUGCCUAACAAAUAUGAUCUAUGAUCAUGAAUUUAUUAGAUGUAUGAAAAAAAUUCAAAUUACAAUAAAUCCUAUGAAUGAUAAUUUAAUACUUUCACAAAAUUUAUCAACAUAUAAAAUGGAUAAACGAUUAAAGGAUACAUGUUGCAGUCCAAAUACUGUUGCUUUUCGUGCAAGCAAUGAAACAGACAUGUAUAAAUUUGAAUUUCUUUAUCAUAGACUUGAUGCAUUAUCAAAAAUAAAUAAAUAA